GUCUUGAGGAGCUGCCAUAUUGAUUUCUCCUAAACGCGCUAGCUAGAUCGGCUCGUACCCUCAAAUAAAAAUUGUUACAGCGAUGACUCAGACGGUUCAAACCAACGGGGUUCAGCCCCUCAGUAAGACCUGGGAGCUGAGUUUGUAUGAGCUGCAAAGAACACCACAGGAGGCAAUCACAGACGGACUGGAGAUCGCCGUGUCGCCCCGGUCUCUGCACAGUGAACUCAUGUGUCCGAUCUGUCUAGACAUGCUGAAGAACACAAUGACCACCAAAGAAUGCCUGCACCGCUUCUGCGCUGAUUGUAUCAUCACAGCUUUGAGAUCUGGUAAUAAAGAGUGUCCGACCUGCCGUAAGAAGCUGGUGUCCAAGAGGUCGCUGCGUCCAGACCCAAACUUUGAUGCUCUGAUUAGCAAGAUUUACCCAAGCCGUGACGAGUACGAAGCCCACCAGGAGAGAGUGUUGGCCCGCAUCAGCAAACACAACAACCAGCAGGCGCUGUCCCACAGCAUAGAGGAGGGGCUGAAGAUACAGGCCAUGACCAGACUGCAGCGUGGUAAAAGACACACAGUGGAGAACGGCAGUGGAGCAGAGGAUAACGGAGACUCUUCCCACUGUAGCAACGCCUCAGUCCACAGCAACCAGGAGGCUGGUCCGAGCAUCAAACGCACCAAGACGAGCGAUGACAGCGGUUUGGACAUGGACAACGCUGCUGAGAACGGGGGCGGGGACUCGGUCAAUGACGGCGGUGCCAGCGAGAUAGAGCUGGUGUUCAGGCCACAUCCUACGUUGAUGGAGAAGGAUGACGGACAUAACAGUAUGGAGUUUGUACCGCGCUACAUCAAGACAUCAGGAAACGCCACAGUGGAUCACCUGUCUAAAUACCUGGCAGUACGACUGGCACUGGAGGAGCUGAGGAGAAAUGCAGAGGCCAGUCCGGUUAAUGUGGAGGCAGCUUCAGAGAAACAGUACACCAUCUACAUACCUACUGCUGGAAACCAGUUCACCGUUCUGAACGGAUCUUUCUCCCUGGAGCUCGUCAGUGAGAAGUACUGGAAGGUCAACAAACCCAUGGAGCUGUAUUUCGCUCCCACUAAAGAACACAAGUAGAAACACAUACACAGCCAUUACACAUGCACACACACUAGCAGGAAGUACACACAUGGACUCGGUUACAGCUGCUCACACAAACAGAGGAGAUGCGUGUGUGUCUGUGUGUGAAGGAGAGGAGAAACCCUCCGAAGGACUCUUGUAAAAAGAAAAAAACAUGUUUUAUAUUCUCUGUAUCUUUCUGUGUCUUUCUAUCUUUUUCUCUGUAGAAGGAAGCAGAUCAGCACGGCAGCUCAGUCACAGUGGUAACGAGCUGCUCACUGGAAAACACGCUCUGUUCACAGUCAGAGGUUUCUGAGUGUAGAAAAUAAGGCUUUACUCUUUCUGUCUGCAGCAACAGCCCUGUUACACUCGGAUUUGUACGAGACAAAAGGUCAAAUUGUUGUUCCCAGAUCUGAAAGUGAAGUUGAAGGCAGCAUCGUUGUAGAAGUCCAUUAACAAAACAAUGGAGACAAAACAUGAUAGUGCUUUUCUUUAAUUUAUGGGUGCCCUGUUGCACAUCUUGGGCCCUUUCAUACACCUGGCAUCUUAGCAUGUUUUCUUCCUACUUUUUAUCUGUCACAACUGCCAUCACAACUGCCCUGAGCGCUCAUGCUUUUUGUAAAACAGAAAAUGAAGUUGCACCCUUGUUAGCACCCAUUUGUCUUAAAACAAAGAUCAGUCAGGCAUAAAGCUAGCUUGAUCCUAUCUGGGGGAUGCUGAAAACCACAGCACCUUACAAAUUCCACAGUCUGUGCUCACAGCUUUACACGUGUUCCACUUCAUUGUGUAGUGCUAUUGGCUACUUGAUGUGCUGGAUUUCAUAAUGACACAGAUCACACCAAUGGGAGUCUACGCCUUUUUUAAACCGCUUUUCUCCCUUGUUAGGUCGUAAUCCUGCAUCUUAAGAAAACUGGAAAUUCACCAUGAAGUAAUUAAAUCUUGUUAAAUGGUAGAAAGACUUGAGUCAUGAGUCUCUGUCAUCACUAAAGGCUGAGAGCUCAGCUACCGUAUUAUAGCUAGUAAAUGAGCAAGCUCCAGACAGUUAAAACAGAUGGUACUGAAAGAGCUGUAUGGGGACUUGGCUAAAUGAAAUGGAAAUUGCCACUCAGGAGGACAGUUUAAAGGAGUGGUUCUCAACUGGUGGGUCGCGGAGCAGUUUUCAGUGGGUUGCGAAUAUGUGUCUGGGAAAAAAAAAAUGAGGGCUAAAGUCUGAAGAACACGCAUCCAUACAUUUAUUUUACUCUGGUUCAUUGUGAUAAUGGUUAAAUGUAAAUGUUUAAUCAAUAUUUAGACUCAUUUAUCUAAUUUUCUUGCAAUUAUAUAGUUGCUUUUACCAAGACAAUAAAGUAAUUUCUCAAGGUCUCUGAAAGAAUGGCUAAAAUUUACACAUUAUCAUGGGGAAAAGGGGUGUACAACAUGCCAGUUUUAUCCUGUCUCUCUUUCCUAUCAUAAAUUCUGUUCGUCCAAGAUCUAAAGUGCAACAUUUUUGGUUACUAAACAUGUAUUGUUGACAUUUUUGGUAAUUUGGGUUGCAAUUUGUCUUUGGAGAUAUUGGUGAGUCCUGAGGCUAGACUACUUGAGAACCCGGUUCAUUUUUUUUUUCCUUUGGGAGACUCCAAAAAAAAAAAAAGACUGCACACUGGGGUGUCUUAUGUUCCGGAUUUGACCCUGAAUACCAGCAUGUCGGUUGGCAUGUGUAUCUGCAGCCUGUUGCACCAGCUAUGUGUAAGUUUUGUCUUAAGUUAUGGUGUGAAGUCCACACUAAACCCUACAUUGGUAAAUUAAAUGUGAUGUUCACCUUACUGAGAUGAGCUUAAUGUCUAAAAUACUGUUGCACAUUUCCCUUAAUUUGGCCAAUCACUGACAGGCAUUUUUAACGCAGGGUUUGUUACAGUGCUUCCUCUUGUGCCGAAUUGACUCUAAACAGGCUAACAGCUAAAAUAACUUAACUGCUGUUAAUCCUCAAAUAGUGCCUGAAGUGUAUGCAAAAGUUGACACGCAAUUGCUUAUGUGAUUAUCAAAGACAACACCCUAAGCCUAGAGCCAGUAUAAGAUAACACUGAGAUCAAGAGGUGAAACUGUCAAUAACAUGGUGAAAUUAUCUCCAUUCACAGAGAACACACCGCUGACUGGAAAAUCCUUAGCUCCACAUCAUCCUCACUUUUCAAAACUUUCACCAUAGCAGCCACAUUUUACAGAGGACUUCACACCUAGUAGGGAAUAGGUCCACUAUUUAAGUUAUAACUUCAGCCUACAUUGAAACUAUCCCAGCUGGUACACCUUCAAUGCCAGUAGGGCUUUAACUCCACCUUGGCUAGGCUACGUUUGAACUUAGGUAUAGCUAGUGCAACCAGAAACUGGAGCGUACACUGAUUAGUUUUAUUAAUUUUACUCCAAAACACACCAAUGCACUGUUGGCGCUAGGCCAAAACCUUGUAUCUCCAAAAUCACUACUUUUCAGGGAGUGAGUGUAUUUCUCAACUAACACUGACUGGUCAUAGUCAGCAUCCUUUUACCUUUUUUAUGCUAGGUUGAGCCCCAGUGAUAGAUGUUUGAAGGAUCAAUAGCACUGAUUAUAAAAAUAAUCAAAAUUAUGAAAAAUGGAGAUACAGGGUUUUAGCCCAAUGCAAGCAAAUAUUCAAGGCACAUAACCCAUCCUCCAUGCAGCUUUUGCUGGGAUUGUGUGCCGUCUAGGUAGCAAAUGACUUUGAGUGUGGUGCUUUAGAGCAGUGGUUCUCAACCGAUUGAGCCUCAGGACCCACCAAAUUUCUGAUAGUUUUCAGUCAGAUUAAUUUAAUGGAAAAUUGCACAGUUUGGACUUGAUACAAGGCAAAAUAUGACAACUCAAAGAGACAUGACAAAAGAGGCAUGUUUUAUAAGAGCUUCUGGGACUUUUUUUUUUUGCCAUUUCUCUUCGAGGAACAAGUCCAUGAGCCACUUUAGGAUCCUAAACCUAACAGUUGAGAAUCACUGGUCUAGACUCAGUUAAAAGAGGAUCCUAUGUUUUCAUCUGCACAUGAUAGAGAGGUCAAAUAAACAGAUUUCAAACCGAAGGUUUUCAAAAUCAAAUAUCUUAACAUGCUCUUUAAAGUUGACACUUUGGUUGCUUAAUCUAAAGUUUGUACGGUAGUUUCUUUGCUUCCAAAACGAUGCCACACAGUCGAAUGCAAUUUGUUUGUGCGGCACAGAGCUGGGUGUUAUUACUCAUUAUCAGGGCCUUGAAGGAAGGGCUUUCAAAUACUUUGUUUUCUAUAAUGCUAGGGAAGUUUUCCAGUCGUGAUGGAAGCAAGCAGGUUUUCUCUUUUUGAAAUGUUGAAGUGUCAACUUGUUGUCUUUAAAUAAAACUGGAGAAUGCAGAUUGUGUGAACUCCAAACCUU